AUUUUGUAGCGAUGGAGGAGCAGUUCGUACUGAGAGUCCCGCCGUCAGUUGCGGAGCGAUUGGAUCGUCUUCUGAGCGAGAAUGCGAGUUCUUCAGACGACAAGUCGUUGGAUUUGUCUUUCGAAGAGGAUGGCCGGAGUGGAACAUUUGUGAUUGGCAAUGACCGUUUCCCUGCAUCGCUCUUGGACCUUCCUACUGUGGUGGAAUCCUACAAAACGUAUGACGAUAGUGUGUUAAUUAAGACUGCAGAUAUUGGUCAGAUGAUUAUGGUUAGAGAUCCAAAUGAUCCAGCUCCAGAUACUGUCGAGUACAGGCAUGGUCUCACCCCUCCUAUGAGGGAUGCUCGGAAGAGAAGAUUCCGCAGGGAGCCUGAUCUAAACCCCGAGCUUGUCCAGCGUGUUGAGCAAGAUCUACUGAACAUUAGUGCUGGUGGACCAGCUGACAAUAUGGAUAUUGAAGUAGCUGGGCAAGAGAAAAAUGGAGAUGGCAAUGCUGGUAAUACAAGUGAAAACCCUGCGCCAGCACCUGAAGCAAAAGCUGAUAUUAUUGAGACUGCUACAAAUGCUGGGGGGGCUGAUGGAGAGCCUGAUAGAAGUGACUCUGAUGAAUCUGAUGAUUCAAUUUGAAGCAAACUCUUAUGCUGAUAUCAUUUCCCUGUCAAGCUUCUUGAUGAAGUUGAAAUGUGCAUAACAGGGAUGGAAGAUGUACCCGAAAGAAACAGGGAUGAAAAUAGGUUUUCUGAAUGAUAGCAUAAAAUUGAUGUUGUGUUGAUAACUUGUAUGCAUUAAUUCUGAAUAUCAUUCUCAAAGAACUAGCAUGGAUGGGAAAGUUGUAGAGUUUGUACUUCUGCAAAGCAUUUAUAGGCUGUGGUGUUGUCUUUUUGAAAUGUUGCUUGA